AUGGCUGAAGAAUUAUUGGUGGAGAAUGCUACAAAACUCAGGGGGCAUCUCACAGGGUCGCUGCUGGCGGUGGCGUUCCUGGCCUCGUUUGGCAGCUCCUUGCUCUACGGCUACAACCUGGCAGUCGUCAACUCGCCUGCAGAGUUCAUCAAAGCGUUCUACAAUGAGACACUGAUUCAUCAUCAUAAGUGGGCUCCAGGUAAACAUUUUCUGACUGUCUUAUACUCCCUCACCGUGUCCGUCUUUGCCAUCGGUGGGAUGAUCGGUGCCUUACUGGUUGGCAAACUUGCCACCAAAUAUGGAAGAAAAGGGACACUUGUUCGAUCCACCAUACUGGUGUUUGUUGGAGGAUCUUUAAUGGGCUUCAGUAGAUGGUGCAGGAAUCCUAUAAUGGUCGUCGCAGGACGCUUCAUCAUCGGAGUACACUCAGGGAUUUCCCUCAGUGUGGUGCCCAUGUACCUCGGAGAGAUCGCUCCCAAGAACCUGCGAGGCUUUCUGGGUCUUGUUCCCAGUAUCCACAUUUGUCUUGGAGUCUUCAUCGCUCAGGUCCUGGGGCUCUCAGAACUGCUGGGAAAGGAAGAAUAUUGGCCUCUGCUCUUCUCUUUUGUGAUGCUUCCAACAAUGAUCCAGUUGAUGCUGUUGCCAUGGUUUCCAGAGAGUCCACGAUACUUGCUAAUGGAAAAAGGAAAUAUGUACGCCACCAUCACAGCCCUGAAACGGUUCCGUAAAAAAGGGAACAUCCAAGCGGAGGUGGAGGAGAUGCAGGAGGAGCAGCGCUCCCUGUCCUGCAUCGAGACUCUCUCCGUCUGGGCUCUGCUCACAGACAGACGUGUCCGCUGGCAGGUCCUCACCAUUGUGGUGGUCAACAUCGGCAUGCAGCUGUCUGGUAUCGAUGCGAUCUGGUUCUACACAAAUGAAAUAUUUAGGAACGCAGGGAUCCCAGAGCCUCGCAUCCAGUACACAACUGUGGGAACUGGUGCCAUCGAGGUCAUCGCAGGGAUGAUCGGGUGUUUCACCAUCGAGCAUGUGGGCAGAAGACCUCUGAUGAUCGGAGGAUUCCUCUUUAUGGGUUUCUGCUGUGCAGGCAUCACCGUGUCAGCACUUUACCAGGAGCAGUUUUCCUUUCUGAGCUACAUCAGCGUGGGCUGCGUCAUUGGGAUCAUCGCUGGGUUCUGCAUCGGUCCAGCCGGAGUGCCUUUCCUGAUCACUGCAGAGCUCUUUAAGCAGUCCCACCGACCGUCUGCCUACACUGUUGCUGGUUGCCUCAACUGGUUGUCCAACUUCACCAUUGGUUUCGUCUUUCCCUUCCUGGAGGGAGCCACUGGUCCUUACUGCUACCUGAUCUUCUGCGCGAUCUGCUGGGGAGUGGCAGUGUACGUCAUCUUUAUCAUCCCAGAGACCAAGAACAAAACCUUCCUGGAGAUCAGCCAGAUGUUUGACUCCAGGAACAACGUCCUGGAUGAAGAAGUGUCUUCAAACGGCCAACUGAAGAUGGAGCUGGUGAAGGCCUACGGCUCGAUAGGCCGCCACGAUGGAAAAUAA